GCAUAAAUGCUUAUUGGAGAAGAAAAGGUGAAAUUCUCAGCGUCAGAUGUGGCGUGAAAGGGAAAGAGAAUCGGAUGCUGAACUAGACUUCCAGUUCUCUAAAUUGGCUUGGCAUCAUCACAUUUUCUAUUCCCAAUCAAGAAAACUUUUACAUGUAGCAAAAUUUUUUGUUCCAGCAAUCUCUGCGGCUUCUGUUUUUGUUGAAAUGGACAGGGGUAAGGAUCAAACUAGCGCCAACAAGAAGAUGAGUGUGGUGGCUGGACCAUGGGGAGGAAAUGGUGGAACCACUUGGGACGAUGGAACCCAUGAAGGGAUAAGAGAAAUCACACUUAUUUACGGAGAUUGCAUUGAUUCCCUGAGAGUGGUCUAUGACAGGAAUGGCAAGCCUUUCAUGGCAGAGAAACAUGGAGGUGUUGGCGGGCCUCAGAAGGCUGAGAUUAAAUUACAAUAUCCUGACGAGUUUCUGGUGAGCGUGACCGGCCACUACUGUCCGGUGGUUUAUGGUGGCAGCCCUGUGAUUCGGUCUGUCACCUUCAAGAGUAACCAAAGAACAUUUGGUCCGUUUGGAGUGGAAGAAGGAACCCCUUUUGCUUUGACGGUGGAGGGAGGAGGACGUGUCGUCGGGAUGUAUGGGAGAAGCGGGUGGUAUCUGGAUUCAAUCGGGUUUCGUUUAUCUCAGGUCCGAUCUCCAAAACUAUUACAGAAGGUUCAGAAAAAGCUUCAGCGACUUACUAGCACUGCCUCAAAGACUUAACGCACCCAAAGACGGUUGAAACACCGACAUUCAAGACUAGAAAGUUGUAGCGAUGAGUGGUAGUGAAUAGAAAUAAGACUUUGCAUAUUUUGUUUACUAUUUACAAAUUAGGUUCGAUCAAAUGGACCGCUAUUCAAAUAAAAUAUAGAGUUCAAG